UAGUGUUAUGCUACCUGCUAGCAUAGUGUGCAACUGUGCCAAUCAAAGAAUUGUAGGACAUUCAUGUUUUUGGACUACUGUUGUCGGUGUUGUGGGACCACUCUGAUCAAACGGCAUGGCCAACUGCCAGUCAACAACAAGCUCCAUGACACCUGGGCUGUUCUCCAGAACCUGUUGAUGUGUAUGGUGUGCUUCUACUCUUUGUACUAUAUUGUGGUCAGUCUCUGCAUCGGCAUUCUCAGGGUGGAAGAGGCUGACAGCUUGUUAGCGCCUUUUGACUACACGACUCAACCUUCAUGGCAAAGUCCAAAAUAUUUAGUGAGUGUGAUUUCGACAGAGGUGACGUACAUUCUGGGUGGUCUGAUGUUCGCCUGGAUUGUGGAGGAGUGGGUGUGGGAUUACGCCAUCACUGUCACUCUGCUUCACGUUGGACUGACCGUAGCAGUUAUGGCUGAUUUUCCAUCAACAGAGCAUUGGUGGAUUGCGCUUGGCUCUGGGUUGUUGAUGAUGAUUUUUGGAGGGCAGCUCCUGGCGUACAGACUCUUCAGAAAUAAUUUUGUGCAUCCUGCAGAUCUUCAGAAUUUCUGAUACUCUCUCUCUCUCUUUCUCUCUUCCUCAGUGUGGAACAUGUACAGUGAUGAGUUUUGUAUUGUUUCUCUUUUUUUACACCAUAUGUAGAUUACAGGAGUCCUUACACAAUGUUUUGCAUAAAUGUUUUUUUUGAAACAGACUGUUUAUGGUGAUAAAACACGUCCAGCAAACCAAGUUGCUUUGUAGCGUUUUUAAACAUCAUAUGGUGAAAAUGUAUCUUUCAUGGAUAGAAGUGAUUUUGACUUGAUUUCAUAUAAUCAUUAACUUAACAUCUUCCUAACUUAAUAUUAUUGGGUUAUUACUCUAAGCCACCAAUCUGACACAGAAAAAAAUCUUUUGAAUUAAAGGGUGUGGUUUCAUAAUAUAUGGCGAUUCUGUGCAAAUAUGAAUUUGCCUUAAAAUAGAUCACCUAUGUUUGCAUUCAAAUUAAAAUUUUCUUGAUUUACAGCAACAUCUUUUGCAACAGAAACACCUUUAAUAUAAUAUUUCGAUAAGAAAGAACAUUUUGCUUGGUUCAAGAGUUUUAAGCACAAUACUAUUCAUUUCACCAUAAAAUUAGAGAAAAGAAAUGAGUGAAAUGAAAUGUGAAAAUGUAAAAUAAACGAAAUAAGUGAAAAUGAAGCCUAUUUGUAAGAUUUUUUGCAUUAUG